GUCCCGUUCCUCCACACAUUGACAGAAACAGAAGAAGACGUGCUGCAGUUUUUCUGAUUGAUGAUCUGAGCUCUCCGACUCUACUAAUCAUCUUUACAUUCAAAUAUUUCUGACAGGGUUUUACCUCCACAGUUCCAUCUGAUCCGUUGUGGUGUAUUUCAGGUGCUUAACUGUGUUCUGCUGGAAAGAUCAAGGUUGUCUCCUGCUCCGGCUUUGGUGGCUCUGCAGCUGUGGGACUGGUUUAGUGAUUCGAAGGUGAGAAAUUUUACCAACCUGCCACUGUUCUGCCCCUGAACAAGGCUCUUAACCCUCUCUGCUCCGGCCUGUCAUGCACUCUGACCCAUAAGAACUUCAGACAAGCAUAUCCAUUGGGGAAUCUGAUACUCACCAGAAGGUCACAAAAAUGUCAUCUGAUUCUCUGCAUUUAUCAUAUACUGGUGUUAAUGUGGACAGAGAAGUUCACCAGUGCUCACUGUGUGGGAAGAGUUUCAGUAAAAAGAGUUAUCUCAGAAAACACCAGAUUGUUCAUGUAAAAGAGAAGCCGUAUCACUGCUCACAGUGUGGGAAGAGUUUCAGUAAAAACAGUUAUCUCAGAAAUCACCAGUCUGUUCAUGCAGAAGAGAAGCCCUAUCACUGCUUACAGUGUGGGAAAAGUUACCCUGAAAUGAGUAAGCUCAAGAGACACCAGCGUGUUCAUGCAGAAGAGAAGCCACAUCACUGCUCACAGUGUGGGAAGAGUUUCUAUCAAAAGAAUAAGCUCAAGAAACAUCAACUUGUUCACACAAAAGAGAAGCUAUACCACUGUUUAGAGUGUGGGAAAGGUUUUAGUGAAAACAGGAAGUUCAAAAUACACAUGCGUAUGCACACAGGUGAGAAUUUGUAUUACUGUUUAGAGUGUGGUAAAAGCUUUAAUUACCAAACUAAUCUCCAGCGACACCAACGCAUUCACUCAGGAGAGAAACCAUAUCAGUGCAAUGAAUGUGGGAUGAGUUUUACACAAAGCAAUCAUCUCCAACAGCACCAAUACGUUCACACUCGGGAGAAGCCGUUUCACUGUUCACAGUGUGGAAAACAAUUUUGUCAAAAGUUUGCUCUCCAAGCUCACCAGCGCAUUCACACAGGAGAAAAGCCUCAUCAAUGCAUAGACUGUGGAAAAGCUUUUAGUGAGAAGAUCCGUCUCAUAAAACAUCAGCGUCUUCACACAGGAGAUAAACCACAUAAGUGCUUAGAGUGUGGAAAGGCUUUUAGUGAGAAGAUCCGUCUCAUAAAACAUCACCGUCUUCACACAGGAGAUAAACCACAUAAGUGCUUAGAGUGUGGAAAAGGUUUUAUUGAGAUCAGUCGCUUAGUAAAACACCAGCUUACUCACGUCAGUGAGAAACCAUAUCAGUGCUCGCAAUGUGGGAAGGGUUUUAUACAAAACAGUUCUCUUCAGCAACAUCUCCAGAUUCAUACAGGAGAGAAGCCAUAUCACUGCUCAGAGUGUGGAAAGGAUUUUAGACAUAAGUGUAAUUUCCAACAGCACCAACUAAUUCACACUGGAGAGAAGCCUUAUCACUGUUCAGUGUGUGCAAGGAGUUUUAGGCAAAGAAAUAGUCUCAUCCAGCACCAGCGCAUUCACACAGGAGACAAAUACAUCUGCUCAGAAUGUGGGAAGAGUUUUACACAAAAGUAUUCUCUUCAUGUUCACCAGCGCAUUCACACUGGACAGAAAGCGUAUUUCUGCUCAGUGUGUGGUAAGAGUUUUAGCACACACACAACUUUUCAAAGACACACGCACGCUAACACAGAUGAGAAUGAAAACGCGUUGCAGUUUUCACCAGAAAGUGCUGAAAACAACUAGUUUUAUUUUAAACAUUUUAUUCACAAUUCAAAGUCAUUUUGUACAUUUUUUAAAUAUUCUAUGCUACAGUAUUUACAAGACAAGCAAGCUAAACCUAUAAGCCAGGCUACAUCAUAACAAUUUGCCCUGCUGACUAACUAUGGAAGCAUUUGUUUUUGGACAGCCCUACACAGGGUUUGGUUAGUUUUGAAGUUUAUGUUGUUUGUUAGUUUAUGUUGAUUAAUUCUAUUCCCUAACCUGUUUAUUGUCCUGUCAGGCACAAGGGAACCAGUCUCAAAAGAGAACUGUGUACAAUAUGGUGCAACUGUUUAACAAGAAAGCCUUCAUGUUAUAACUAGACUGACGCUCUUUGUUAAAGUUAUCAACUGUUCACUGAUGGAGACUUUGGCGAGAAACGUAUCAGUUGCAGUCCAACAGUCCAAAGUCAUCUCCAUGUUUCCUAAGUGCUUUUCUUCACAGCAGCCCCAUGUAUCUCUGGCCUCCAUGUGGAGCAUCUCAGCAGCAGUGAGCACCACCAAGUGAUGAGACUUCAACCAGAAGUAAAGCAGGAUGAUCAGGUGAUCCAGAAAGCUAUAGCAGUUGGGACACUGGUGAGCAGGCUGGCUCACUACACAUUGGGACAUCGAUGAAUCAAUUUAAGUUUGUUAUGAAAAAUAUUUCAAUUAUUCUGUUAUGUAUCUAACAUUUUAACUAAAUAUUAAAAAUUCACUACCUUUCAGGUGAAAUGUU